AUUACAACGUCAUCAAUACUUGUGUAGGAGGCGAAAUGGCAGGCACCGGACAAACUGCAACGGCAAGAAUUCAACCGAAGAAACAGACACUGGAGGACGCGUAUUCUCCUCCAGCGAAUUUUCUAGAGAUAGAUGUUUUAGAUCCACAGACACAUGGUGUUGCUAAGAAACGUUACACAGAUUAUGAAGUCCGAAUUCGGACAAAUUUACCAGUAUUUAAAGUCAAAGAAUCAAGUGUUCGUCGAAGAUACAGUGAUUUUGAAUGGCUAAGAAAUGAAUUAGAGCGAGACAGUAAGAUAGUGGUACCUCCUUUGCCUGGUAAGGCUUUAAAAAGACAGCUGCCAUUCCGAGGGGACGAUGGUAUAUUUGAGGAUGAAUUUAUUGAGGAAAGGCGGAAAGGAUUGGAAUGUUUUGUCAAUAAAGUUGCCGGACAUCCAUUGGCACAGAAUGAAAAAUGUCUACAUAUGUUUUUACAAGAACCAGUUAUAGACAAAAAUUAUGUACCAGGAAAAAUCAGAACAACUUGAUUCCAAAUCACUUCAUUUCUAUAUUUGGACUUUUUUUAAUGUGUAAUGCAUCUUUUUCACACAGACACACAAAAUUGCUGACCUCAUAUUUCAAACAGUUUUGUUAAUAAUUGGUAGAUAAAUGUUACUAUGGAUAAUGCUUUUUACUUAGUUAUGGUAUCAUUGUGUAUUUUUUGCUGUCAAUAUAUUUUACUGUCAUAGCACUACUGUAAAAUGUUUGCUUUUAAUAAAAAUUGCAGUUGGUAUGUUUUUAUAGAAUGUUUGCAACAUACAGCCAACAUAUUGUUAACAGUAACAGCAAUUUCAAGUGCGAAAAACAUGCAGUUGAUGUUACAGCAUCCUUACUCACCAGUGAACUGCGAAAUUUGUUUGUUUGAAGCAAUAUUUUAUAUCUUAGUGUGAUGGUACAUGCAGUUUAAGAUAUAAUUUGUACAAACUUGUGUUUAAUAUAGUAAUAUAUUUACGCUGCUGUUUAGUGUAUAAAUUGUACUUGGUAAAAGAGAAAGGUUUCUUUUUUUGCAGUUAGCUGUAGUAUCAGAUGGGACUGUAAUCUUUGCUUAUGUGACAUAAGCAGAUUUUAAACCAUCAAUAUUGAUUUAAUAUGAUAAAGACCAUAUAUAUUUCACAGAUGAACAAUUAUUUUAAAUGCAGAAGAAUAAUAAAUAAAAAUAAUCAGGAAUUCUUAACAAACAGAUUCGUAAAUGAAGCAAAGACAUACAUUUUUACAGCACAAAUAUAGAAAUGUACAUAUAUUCUUAAGACAGAGAAAAUAAAUUUUUGGAUUCUUUUCUGAAUUAUGUUGGAAAAAAUGGGUCAUGUAGGCAUUUUUUUAUUUUCAAGAUAAUGGUGACCUAAGGUCAAAACUUGUUUAAAAGACAAAUAACAAAUAAAAUCUCUGUAUUUAUAAUA